UCCUUUAACGAGAAAACAACUCGAGGGUCUCGUUUCAGCUCCAUAGCCAAAAUUCGGUGGUGGAUCAGAGUCGAGCUUCUGCUGGUGAUUCCAAAUUUCUGUUCUCUUUCCAAAAUCUUGCGUCUGAAUUCAACAAUUUUGGAGAGAGAACAUGGUUUUGUCGCAGAAGCUUCACGAGGCCUUCAAGGGAACAGUCGAGAGGAUCACAGGGCCUCGAACGGUCUCCGCCUUCAAAGAAAAAGGCGUUCUCAGUGUCUCUGAGUUCAUCAUCGCCGGUGACAAUCUGGUCUCCAAGUGUCGCACCUGGUCUUGGGAGUCAGGUGACCUGAACAAGAGGAAAUCAUACUUGCCCCCCGACAAGCAAUUCUUGAUCACCAGAAAUGUUCCUUGCCCGCGCCGGGCUGCAUCUGUAGAAGAGGAGUAUGAAGCUGCAGGUGGUGAAGUUCUUCUUGAUAAUGAAGAUGGUGAUGGCUGGCUGGCAACCCAUGGGAAACCGAAGGAAGAAAAAAUUGAUGAAGUGGAAAAUUUGCCUUCCCUGGAAGCUCUUGAGACUACCAGGAACAAGGUUGUUAAGUCAAUUCCCAACUAUUUCGGUGGUGAAGAUGAAGAAGAUAUUCCUGACCUGGCUGAUAUUGAAGAAACUGACAACGUUAUUGAUGCUGAUCCGGCCACUCUUCCAUUGACCUACCAAGUUGCCCAUGAACCUGAUGACGAUAAUAUCCUACGAACGCGAACUUAUGAUGUUAGCAUCACGUACGAUAAAUAUUAUCAGACGCCGCGUGUUUGGCUUACAGGCUACGAUGAGUCAAGGAUGCUCUUGCAGCCAGAACUAGUGCUUGAAGAUGUUAGUCAAGAUCAUGCACGAAAAACAGUGACCAUUGAGGACCAUCCCCACCUUCCUGGAAAGCAUGCUUCUGUACAUCCCUGCCGACAUGGGGCUGUGAUGAAGAAGAUAAUUGACGUGUUAAUGUCCCGAGGUGUAGAACCUGAAGUUCACAAGUACCUUUUCCUGUUCUUAAAAUUUGUCGCCUCCGUUAUUCCAACCAUCGAAUAUGAUUACACUAUUGACUUCGAUCUUGGCGGCCCUAGCAGUCAAUAAUUGGGAUUGAUAAGCAUUGUGAGCACAACAGGAUCCGGUUUUACGAACGUACUGUGGUUCUUGUACAUAACACAGCUUGGAGACACCAUGAAAUGGUACCCUCUUCAGUCUUCAGAUAUAAAUUUAAGGUUUUGUUUCUGAAAGUGCAAAGAUUGCCAUUUCUUGCUGUUGUGUUGUUAGUUUGGUUACUUGGAUUUCAUUAUGGUUCUCUGUAACAUAAAAUGGAUCUCACUGUUUAAUGGGAAUUUGUUUGCUACUCAAUUGUUGCAGCAAAAACUCAUUCCUCUUAUUGAAAAAAGAAAAGGGAUUAARUAAUAUUGUUGCAAUUAACUCUUUUCACAA